AUUGUUGUGUGUUCUGUUUUCUAAUUACAAUGAUGAAUUUCAAACCUUUUGUUUUUCUCAUACUUCUGUCUGGUGUAGUUCUCAUCUCUGCAGUGGUGGCUGAUGAACCUGCACCACCAGGUAGAGGGACAACCCGAAAGGAUGAUGAGCUUAUGGGAUGUGAUCACAAACAAGAAUAUGUUUUAAGUGGAAGGAAAUUGACAUUGGAACCACUUCAUGGUGGUAAGUGCGGAGGAAAGGGAGGAGGCGGAUCUGGUGGUAGUGGGGGUGGUGGCGGCGAAGGAGGAGGAGGAGGUAGUGGAGGUGGUGGUAGUGGUGGAAGCGGAGGAGGAGAUUAUGGAGGUGGCGGAAGUGGAGGUGGAGGCGGUAGCGGUGGAAGUGGAGGAGGAAGUUCAGGCGGGGGUGGAAGUGGAUCAGGUGGUGGUAGCGGAGGAGGAGAUUAUGGUGGUGGAGGAGGUGGUGGUAGUGGAAGUGGUGGUGGCACAGGUGGUGGAAGUGGAGGAGGAAGUUCAGGUGGGGGUGGAAGUGGAUCAGGUGGUGGUGAAGGCGGUGGUAGCGGAGGAGGAGAUUACGGUGGUGGAGGAAGUGGUGGAAGUGGAGGAGGCGGUGGAGCAGGAGGUGGAAGUGGAGGAGGCAGUGGUAGCGGAGGAGGAACAGGCGGUGGAAGUGGAGGAGGCAGUUCUGGUGGUGGUAGUGGAGGAGGAGACUAUGGUGGUGGAGGAAGUGGAGGAGGCAGUUCUGGUGGCGGCGGCAGUGGAGCCGGUGGUGGUAAAGGCGGUGGUAGCGGUGGAGGAAGUGGAGGAGGUAGUUCUGGUGGUGGCGGCGGUGGUAAAGGUGGUGGUAGCGGAGGAGAUUAUGGUGGUGGAGGCAGUGGUGGAAGUGGAGGAGGCAGUUCCGGAGGCGGUUCUGGUGGAGGAGGAAGUGGUGGAAGCGGUGGUGGAAGUGGAUCAGGUGGUGGCGAAGGAGGUGGAAGCGGUUCAGGUGGCGGUGGAAGUGGAGGAGGAGGAUAUGGCGGUGGAGGAAGCGGAGGAAGUGGUGGUGGAAGUGGAAGCGGUGGUGGUGAAGGAGGUGGAAGUGGUUCAGGUGGCGGUGGAAGUGGAGGAAGCGGAGGAAGUGGUGGUGGAAGCGGUGGUGGUGAAGGAGGUGGAAGCGGUGGUGGUGAAGGAGGUGGAAGCGGUUCUGGUGGCGGUGGAAGUGGAGGAGGAGGAUAUGGUGGUGGAGGAAGCGGUUCUGGUAGUGGUGGUGGUGGAGGAAGCGGUGGUGGUGGAGGAGGUGGAAGUGGAGGAGGAGGUGGUGAAGGAGGUGGAAGCGGAGGAGGAGGAUAUGGAGGUGGAGGCAGCGGAGGAAGUGGUGGAAGCGGAGAAGGUGGUGGUGAAGGAGGUGGAAGCGGAGGAGGCGGUGGAGGUUAUUAA